AUCUAACUGUAACAUUUAUACCAAGUGGGGUGGAAGAUACUUAGAAAUAAGAAGAUUAGAAGAUAUCCCUAAAAAGGAGGAUGAGACACAUGCGUAAUGAAGGUUUAUUUUUUUUUUCUAACACUUAUUUUUUUUAAACGCUUACUUUAUAAUACACUUAAUUGUUUCAUUUUGUUAUUGUUGGGUUGAAUUUGCUGUGUUAUUCUUGGUUGGUUCACUUGUUUAUGGGAUCGGUGGGGUUGUCUGUUGCUCAUUUAAAUGUAAGAUCUUUAUUGCCUAAACUAAAUGAUAUUGACUAUUUGUUGCGUAAUUAUAAUUUUGACAUAUUUUGUUUAUCUGAGACGUGGUUGAGCGGAGCUGUUCUUGAUAAUGCUCUUAACAUAAAUGGCUAUACCUUCUUUAGAAGGGAUAGGGAUGGUCGUGGUGGUGGGGUAGGAAUUUACGUAAGAGCUGAUUUGCACUGUGAGUAUAUUCCGUGUCAGGGCGAUUAUGAGCAGGUAUGGGUUGCAGUUAAGGACAAAGGUAAAAAAUAUGCCUUUGGAUGUAUUUAUAGACCUCCUUCUUUUACUAGUUCUAUUUUUAUUGUUCAAUUAGAGGCUCAAUUGUCUGAUCUUCGUUUGAAUUAUGAUUUUGUUGCUUGUGCUGGUGAUGCCAACAUUAACUUGUUGAACGAAGAAAUAAGUGAGGCUAUUGAGUUAACUAAUGGUCUUCGGGCGGUUGGUAUGUUGCAGCUUAUAUCCGAUCCUACCAGAGUCACGGAAGCUACGGCAACCCUGUUAGAUAUCAUUGCGGUUUCGGAUGAGCUGGGGGUGACUGAUUCUGGUGUGAUUAAUUCAGAUAUUUCUGACCAUGAUUUGGUGUUUUGUCGUCUGAAAUGUGAAUCUUUGAAACCCGUGCCAUUUAUGCAUACUUAUAGGGAUUUCUCACAAUUUAAUUAUGAAUCAUUUUUUGCUGAUCUACGCGCAAUUCCCCUUCAUCAUAUGUUUCACAUGGAAUUGGAACAAAAAUUAGAAUUCUUUAAUGAAACCUUAUUAAAUCUUAUCGAUUGCCAUGCACCAAUGCGUACUGUAAGAAUCCGUAAACCAAAGAUGCCCUGGUUGACUGACAAUAUCGUCUUACUACAAAGAUUGAGAGAUGAGGCUAAAACAAGGUACAAAAAAUGCAGAACUGCUGGGUCUUGGAUAGCAUACUUUAAUAAUUUACAUACACGCACGGAUAAAAAAGAAAUGUGGAACACUAUUCGUGGAUGUCAUAUAGGGAGUAAAAAGUCGAAAGAUAUACCGUCUCAUCUUUCAAACGUAAAUCAGAUAAAUAAUUCAUUUGUUGGUGGUACUCCUGACGUCAAUAUUAAUAACAUAAAGGAUACGAUACUAUUUUACUCAAAUAACAGCUAUAGCGAUACGAAUACACCCUUUGAUCUUCACACGGUAGAUGAAGAUACUGUAUUUGGCAUUAUCAGGUCAAUCACCAGUAAGUCUGUUGGCUCUGAUGGCAUAUCUGCGCAGAUGAUUGAAUUAAUAGUUCCUUAUGCCCUUCCAUAUAUCACACAUCUCAUAAACAGCUGCAUAAUUGAGUCACAUUUUCCCUCGCAGUGGAAGUCUGCUGUGGUCAUUCCAAUACCGAAAAUCGAAAAACCUACUGACUUUAAGCACCUGCGACCGAUUUCUAUUCUUCCUACCUUGAGCAAAGUACUGGAAAAAGUUAUUUCCUACCAAUUUAAAAACUUUAUUAUUUCAAAUGAUAUAUUACCAGACUGUCAAUCGGGAUUUGUGCCUGGACGUAGUUGCACAACUGCACUUUUAAAUGUCACUGACGAUAUAUUAAAGGCCAAAGACGGUAAAGAGUGCACCGCUUUAGUGUUGUUGGAUUUUAGCAAAGCGUUCGAUGUUGUUGACCAUGAUAUUGUGCUGUCGAUGCUUCACUAUAUUGGAGGCGGGGAGGAAUUUAUAAGGUUGAUUAAGACGUAUUUAAUAGACAGAUGCCAAUGUGUACAGGUCAAUGGCUUAAUUUCUGAACCAUUGAAGCUGAAGCGUGGAGUACCGCAGGGGUCGGUGUUAGGUCCUUUGCUGUUUUGUUUAUACACAUCUAUGCUUCCAAAAGCUGUCAAUUAUUGUAAAAUUCAUAUGUAUGCUGACGACACUCAGCUAUACUACAACUUUCCGUUUCGUGAAUAUGAGGGGGCAGCAUGGAAAAUUAAUAAGGACUUAGCGAAUGUCAGUGAAUUUGCAAAGAAUCACGCCUUGAUAUUAAACCCUGAUAAAAGUGUAGUUAUUCUGUUUGGCAGAAAUGUGGAAGUCGAGAAAUUGAAAGCUAAUCUGAUUCUUAGGUUGAACGGUUGCAAUAUACCUAUUGUUGAUCAGGCAAGGAAUCUUGGGCUAGUUGUUGAUAAUGCCUUUAGGUACAAACAGCACAUUACUAAAACAUUAAGUGUUUGUUUUUUGAAAUUAAAAUUACUCUAUUCUUUCAAAGAUAUUUUUAAUUUAAAAAUGAAAAAGGUGCUUUGUGAAUGUUUUGUACUGUCUUUGCUUAAUUAUUGUAUUCCUGUCUACUAUCCAUGUUUGGAUUCCAUGGAUAGAUUGAGAGUGCAAAGAGUGCAGAACGCUUGUAUGAGAUAUAUAUUCAGAAUUAAAAAAUUUGAAAGGAUCUCUCAUAAGCUUAAAGAGUUAACUUGGCUGAAUAUUCACUGGCUCGCCUAA